CAAAGAUGGCCGACUUCGUUCCAAGAUCUGUUAUUCAUAAACUGUCUAAAACUAAACAAACUUUGCAAUCAAAACAACGAAAUGUUCAAAUCAAGUCAGUUGAUACUCAGGCUUCUUGUUCAGCUUUUUCGAAGGCCGAUCAAAGUGAUAUUAAAGACAGAAAUUUAGAUCAAACAUUGGAGAAGACUGUAGACUGUAGCCAGAAGAAUGAAGGAAAUGUUAAUGUUUUGGAAGAAACUUCAGAUAUUGUAUAUUUCAGCAAGAACCAGCGAUGGCCCAAGGAGGAUGAGCCGGUUUGUGUUGUUUGUGGUAGAUAUGGUGAGUUUAUUUGCGACCAAACCGAGCAAGACGUUUGUAGUAAAGAAUGUAAGGCGAAAAAUAUACACAAAAGUCAGGCAACUGGAAGACAGCAAGGAGAUGGGUCGAAAAUAUUUGGUUCAGUACAUAAUGCAGCGAAAACAGGAGAGAACUACAAUAAAACAAGCUUGGGGAGUAAUAUAAGAGAAGACAGAUUUGAAUCAAAACAGAAUAAAGCAUACAAGUAUAACAUUCACCCACAAAUUGCCUCGCUUACAAACCAACAAGUUCAAGAACUCAGAAAUCGCAUGGAGAUAAGCAUCAGGGGUGAUAAUAAUGAAAGACCAAUCUUGGAGUUUUCUCAAUGUGGUUUAAAUGAACAACUUUUACAGAAUUUGAAGAAGUCUGGGUAUCUUACACCAACACCAGUUCAAAUGCAAGUCAUUCCAAUUGCAUUGUGUGGAUGUGAUUUGUUAGCGUGUGCUCAGACUGGCUCAGGCAAAACUGCUGCAUUUCUGGUGCCAAUAAUCACUAAAAUUCACCAUAACACUGCUUCAAGAUGGAAGUCCUCAGCACCUAUGGGCCUGGUUCUUGCCCCAACAAGAGAACUUUGUAUGCAGAUUGAAAAUCAGGCCAAAGAACUAAUGGCAGAACUACCUAACAUGAGAACCGCGUUGGUUGUGGGGGGAAUGCCGAUGCCAAAUCAAAUAUACAGGUUACAACAAGGAGUGCAAAUUGUGUUUGCCACACCUGGAAGGCUUGUGGAAAUUUUAAACAAAGCCGAUUUGGAUUUCUCUGAAAUUCAAAUGUUAAUUAUUGACGAGGUGGAUGUUCUCAUGCAAAUGGGAUUUGAAAAUCAGAUAAAAUCAAUCCUAGAAAACAUUCCAACUGACAGACAAACACUUCUAUUCUCAGCGACAAUCCCACCAUCUGUGGAAAGAAUUUCAUCAACACUGCUAAUGAAUCCAGUCUGGAUUUCAGUGGGUCCACCCAGCACUCCUAAUAUGGAUGUGAAACAAGUCAUCAUCUGGGUGGAAGACAAAUCUAAAAAGAAAAGACUCUUCGCUCUGCUUAAAGAUUCAAAAUAUUUCACUCCACCUAUUUUGGUAUUUGUAGAUUCACGUCUUGGGUCGGAUAUGUUGUCUGACGCCAUUCAAGAGACCUGCAACGUUCGUUGCACUUCCAUGCACGGUGAAAAAGUGCAAAGUGAACGGACAAGAAUUUUAACAGCAUUUCUUUCUGGAGAAUAUGAUGUGCUCGUAUGUACAGGGGUUCUGGGUCGGGGUCUGGACCUGCGCUGUGUCAAACAAGUGAUAAUCUUCGACAUGCCAUCGAGUAUUGAUGAGUAUAUUCAUCAAAUUGGUCGAGCUGGAAGACUGGGCUCUAAUGGUCUCGCGAUAACCUUUAUUAACAACACGAACAAAGGUGUUUUUUUAGACCUCGUUGAAACGGUACAGCAGCGCGGUGUCAAAUUGCCUGACGAACUUUUAAACUCUCCUCACCUGUCCUCCCAGCAGUACGAGAGAGAAUAUAAGAGAAAGAGUAGAAAACGUAAGCAGGAGGAGACCUUUGUGAAUAGGGAGAAUAUAAUGGAUAUCUUAAAGAAGAGCACGUUUCGACGAAGACUGAAGGAAAGAUGAAUCAGUUGCGAGCUAAAACCAGAAUUCAGAUAGAACGUUCAGCACUUUCACUGUGUCACAAUUUUUGCUAUGAAGUUUCUUGCUUAUUCGUGUUCAAAAGACUAAAUUAUAGCGCAGGAUAUCUGGCGUGUUCAGUAUUCUACAAUAAACUGUCGUAUGGGUUUUUGUCCAAACUAGGAGAAACAUAUCACUGAAAAAUUGUGAUCUAAUGUAACGCUUGCUCUAUCAUCAAUUUGUCGUGUAUUUUCAAAGGUGAAUUGUUAGAAAACGGUGCACGUUCAUGGUUGAAAAUAAAACGGAUCUAUAUACUUGUAA